AUGAACGAAUUAUCGUCAAUGGAUAGUAAUAAAAGUACUCAAAUUGCAACAUUUGAAAUACAAGCCAAGAAUAAACAGCCAAGAAGUGCUAUUAUAAGACUCACAAUCGAAUAUAGAAUUCGUGAAAAAUCAAAAGAAAUACCAAUAAUAAAUGAGCACGCUCAACAUCAUCUUCAACAAGCAACAUUUAAAUAUGGUGAUAUGCAAACAACAAAUGGACGAAGUGAACUACGACGCGAACAGGAGCAUAUGCCACCUGAACGUUUACAUACGGAAUCUAUUGAUCGCGAACGUGCACAAGUAAAAAUGGUCGGUGAAAUGGAUACAAGUGAUGAUGGACAAAAAACUUUGACAACACAAAAUGGUGAAAUACUUGUACGUGAUAUGGUUAUCCAACAUAUAUCAGAAGAUGAAAAAUCGAUAACAUCUGAAGAAGUUCUUUUUGAAGAAUGGAGUGAAGAAUAUAAAAUUCGACGAACAGAUGAAUUUGAUGGACAAACAAAUCGCUUGAUUAGUUCAAAAGUAGAAACAACAGACAGGAAAAAAGGUGAUGUUGUCAAAGAAGAAUAUCGUGAGAAAAACGAACGAAUUAAAGGACAUAAAUCGUACGAUGUAUUACGAGAAAUAUAUCGACGAGUACCAGCAACCACGUACGAUACUCAACAAAAACGAACAAUUAUGAUAACGAGUGAUGACGGUGAUCGAUAUGAAGAGCAACAGCAGUUAUUACCAGAUCGUGUUCAAACUAAAUCAGACACAUCGUUAUCCUCAUAUACAUACAAUCGAGCUCGUCAACAAGUACCAGCAUACUCUACUAAUACGGCUCUAACUUCGACAAUCACUUCUCAGUAUGAUCGAAUUUCAAAUGUUAUUGAACCAACUACAUCUUCACAACAGUACCGACGUGACUUAACCCACCAACAAGAUCAGAAUCUAUUGAAAUCAACGUCUGAUAAUGAUCUUGUUAGUGAAGAGUAUCUUGUUGAAUUAACACACAACUUACCAUCAACAUCGAAAGAUUCUCGACGAACAUCACAAUAUGUUGGUUUGCAAGAAUUUUCAUCAAAAGGAGAUGGUAAUGAAACGGCGAGAAGCAGUAGUGAUGAUUUAUCGCGACGAGAUAUCGGUGCAAGUGCUCUUGUUCAACGUACACAACAGCAACGAUUAAAAGAUGAUACAUCCGAAGAAGAAUUGGAUUAUCCAUUUGGAAGUGUAUAUACAGGUUUAUCGAAAAUUGUCAAUGAAGCUGGACGUAAACAACGUACAUUUUCUCCCAUGGCUACAUCGACUAUUCGAGAUACAACAAAAGAAGAUUGGCGAACAAAACACACGUUAUCCGAUACAGAUACGCAAGAACAGGUUGAACAACAGCAACAACAAGAACAUCGUUUGUCUGAUGAAGACGCUAACGUCUACUAUACUACCCAAAACGUAACUAUUUUGCCGGAAAAUACAUUUGGUAUUGAAAAGAAAACCACAAUGGGACGUAUUCAAGAAGUCACUGUACGUGUUACACGAGACAAAACGCCUCCAGAACAUCGUAAAACGUCAUCUUUAUAUACUAUUGAACCGCCAUCGCAUCCACAAUCAUCACCAUCAUUGAGGAGAAAUUUUAAGGAAGUAACCGUCGCUAUUGCUCGUGGCUCUUCGCCAGAAAAACAAAAAACGAGUACAUCAGCUGAUAACAGUAACGAUGGAUCAUUAAAACAUAGUCUAGAAAAACUAAGAACUUCGUACUCAUCCGAUACAGAUGAAGAGGAAGUAAGUUUACAGCCACAGCACGCACUCAAACACACAUGUAUGCGCAUGACGGAUUGAUCAUCACUUCUUUAUCUUUUUUCUAAAAGGAAAAGUGAUGAAAGUCAUUGAAACUUUUACAAAAUUUUAAUCACCUGUGCUACUUUGACUUUGUCUCUAAAUAAUCAGUAGUCGUUUUAACAUGACUAUUUUCGAGAAAUCAGGCAGAUAGCGGUUCAUCGUUUUUACCACUACCUCUCAACUUCUAACUAGGGAAAACCAAACAUUUCGGUUGCAUUAGUUUUUGAAAGUUUUUUUAUAAGUACUUAAUAAACUACUUUACAUUUGUGAAUUCGAUGCCUUCCGAAAACUAAAAAUGAGAAAUUUUGUUUUCCUGUUCCUGAAAGUCUAAAUUUGCUCUAUUUGCUUUAUGUCUGAUUUCUCAGAGUAGUCAAAUUAGUUUCAUAUAGAGUUUAUAUCGGGAAUUAUUACUACAUAUUCAUUUUUACUGAUGUUGUUUAAUUUUGCCCUUCUACUUUGUGUGAUGCUCGUGGAACAGAAUUUUCUAGUAACGUAAGUAUCUUUGACUUGUGUAGAGCCUUGAAAAGCAGUUAAUUCAUUUUGAUGGUUUUCAUCUAGUGCUUCUCUUCUUCCUUAUUAUAGUACUUCUUCUUCUGUAUUUUAUCGUAUCGUAACGGGUGGCGCAUAAAUAAACGCACUCCCGUAUUUUGAAUAUAACUCCGCCGGCUUUUAUCCUAUCGAUCCAAAUCUUUUUCCAAAAGAUUCCUUAUUGAAUUCUCUACAAAACCAUGCCAUAAC